GCUAUCACAUAAAGAAAGAAACUAUUCCGCCCGAAUCUCUGGUUGAGAUUUGAAUGACUUCUUGUUCAAGGUCUUACAUGAACAAUUCAUUUGUUUAUUUCUUGUGUAGUUUAGAAAAUGACAGAGGCAGAGUUGUACACUGUAUAUAAAGGGAUGUACCUCCCAACAACUUUGCACCCUCCCGAAAGUCUGAAAUACUAUGAGGACUUCACUUUUCGCCCGGAUGACAUCCUGAUUGUGACUUAUCCUAAAUCUGGUACGACAUGGAUGCAGGAGAUAGUGCCUCUGAUAGUUAGUGAAGGAGAUUUCACUCCCGUACUGACUGUCCCAAACUGGGACAGAGUCCCAUGGCUGGAGGAACAUCGGGCGAUGUUGCUCAAUCUAGAGGAACGACCCUCGCCUCGCAUCUUUGCAACUCACUAUCAUCGGCAAAUGAUGAACGAGUCUUUCUUUAAAAUAAAGCCAAGGGUUCUUCAUGUCUUGAGGAAUCCCAAAGACGUGUUCACAUCUUCAUUCCACUAUUAUGGGAUGGCCUCAUAUCUGGUGAACCCAGGAACCCAAGAUGAGUUCAUGGAGAAAUUCCUUGAUGGAAAAAUCAUGUUUGGUUCCUGGUUCGAUCAUGUUAAAGGGUGGCUGAAUGCUGAGGAACCCACACUGCACAUUUUUUAUGAAGAAAUGAUAGCUGAUCUGAAGGCAUCUGUGGAGAAAAUCGCCAAGUUUCUUGGAAAAUCUCUGAGCGCAGAAGUAAUCGAGAAAAUUGCUGACAAGUGUGUUUUCAAGAACAUGAAGCAAAACAAGAUGUCCAACUAUUCUCUGGUUCCACAAGAGUUCAUGGAUCAAAAGAAAACUGAAUUUUUGAGAAAGGGAAUUGCAGGUGACUGGAAGAAUCAUUUCACUGAGGCUCAAGAGCAGCGGUUUAAUGCUGUGUACAAAGACAAAAUCAAAGAUGUGAAAUUCAAAUUUAUGUGGGACUGAAAUAAAUCUAUUUAUUCUUACCUGCUAAACAUAUUAACCCUUUAAUUCAUUUUAUAUAUUACUGCAGACAUAAGCUUUAAAGCAAUAGUUCAUCCAAGUAUGAAGAUUGUUUGAUGAUUUAUGCCAUCCCAGAAGUAUGAGACUUCCUUUUUCAGUUGAACAAACAUAUAUAUUUUUUAAUUAAAAUCUUUUUAAAUUUGGGUCAACUUAUUCAAAAAGCACAUCCAUCAAAUGACUCCAGUAUGUCUUGAUUAAGCGAACCGAUAAGGUAGUGGGGAAAACUAUUAAUAUUUUAAGUUUAUGUCCAUCCAUGUAAGCCAAACAACUGUAUGUAUUUUUGUAAAUGUUUGUUUAAAUACCAAUCGAUUUAAUAUUAUCCAUCUAUGUAUCCUUUUAAAUUUCCGGAGACUUGUAAACAGGGUGCAUAAACAGAGUAAAUUAAAUUUGUGACA